UGGGUGUACAUUGUGUUGCGACCUGCGUCCACCUGCCUAAUUUGAUACAGAGCUACGAACUUGUUGCUGUGGGAUUAAAGAAAGCCUUACAGUAAUAACUGUGUGCCUGUGCCUCCACGCCGGGAUUUUUAUCACGAUUUAUUUGUUUUAAUGCUGUUGACGUUGCCUCGUGCUGACUGGCUGACCUGACUUCGAUCGGACAUGUCAAUAAUAAAACAAGGAAGUAGGAGCUUUACCACACGGUGUCGUUGCACGGGCCAUCUCUAAGUAUGACUAUAUGUCUUAUAUUUAAGCUUUUUAAUGCGUGAUAUUUGCUAUGAACUUAUUAAAUACCAAUGCGAGUUACAGAAUUAAGUUACGUAAUAAUAAAGUAAUUUGAGUUGCUGAGGACUAUUUGAUCGCAGGAAGACUGACCUCUCAAAGGUGGUUUUGACAGUGUCAGGUUUUUUCAUAGAUGAAUGAUUCGACGGAGGCGACUCUCUCAAUGGAUUUAUAUCCAAACAUGAAUGAUUCAGUCCCACUGUCUUCAUACGCCGUGCUAUUGUCAAAUGUAAACAACAUCUCUAACAUGACGGUGAUCAGGUCAAGUAAUGGGACUGAAGUAGUGGGGGACGACAAGAUCUUCCUCAACACCCCCACUGCUCAAGCCUUGUCGGGGAUUUUCGUUUGGUCAGCACUCAUCAUCACCUGUCAACAGAUCUACCUGCACCUGAAGUCUUACACGGUGCCCAACGAGCAGCGCUAUAUUAUCCGGAUCCUCUUCAUUGUGCCCAUCUUUGCUUUUGACUCCUGGCUCAGCCUGCUGUUCAUCAGUAAUGACCAGUAUUACGUCUAUUUUGACUCUGUUCGAGAUUGCUAUGAAGCAUUUGUGAUAUACAACUUCCUGAGCCUGUCUUUUGAAUAUCUCGGAGGCGAGAGUGCCAUCAUGUUGGAAAUAAGAGGGAAGCAUAUUCAGUCGAGUUGUCUAUAUGGCACGUGCUGCCUGGUGGGAAUAAGCUACUCUAUUGGGUUCUUGAGGUUCUGCAAGCAGGCCACGCUUCAGUUCUGUGUUGUAAAACCCAUCAUGGCUGUCAUCACCAUCCUCCUCCAAGCGUUUGGAAAAUAUCAUGAUGGAGAUUUUAAUGUAACAGGAGGUUAUCUCUACAUUACCAUAAUCUACAAUUUCUCUGUCAGUUUGGCUCUGUAUGCCCUCUUCCUCUUCUACUUUGCCACAAGUGACCUGCUGAGACCUUAUGAGCCUGUACUCAAGUUUCUUACCAUCAAAUCCGUCAUCUUCCUCUCUUUCUGGCAAGGUAUGGUUCUGGCAAUCUUGGAGCGUUGUGGUGUGAUCCCAGAAGCUCUGAUCAUUGAUGGGCAUGAGGUGGGUGCUGGUACAGUGGCAGCUGGCUGGCAGAACUUCAUAAUUUGCAUCGAGAUGUUCUUUGCCUCCAUCGCUCUCCGCUACGCCUUUACCUCAAGUGUUUACCGCGAGAAGAAGAGUCAAGCACCAGAGAACGUAGCACCCAUGCACAGCAUAUCCAGUGGCCUGAAGGAGACAAUUAACCCUGGAGACAUGGUUCAGGACGCAAUCCACAACUUCUCGCCAGCCUAUCAACAGUACACCCAGCAGUCCACCCAGGAAGUAGUGCAACCCAACAUGAAUGGCAAGGCAGGAGUCAGCACCUCCAAGAGUUCAAAGAAAUCUGAUAAAGUGAUGCUGAUCGACACAGAUGAUGAGUUCUAGUGCCGUGAUCUUUCUAUUUUUUUAAUCAAAACAUGAAUGAAUCUGACUUUUUCUAACUCCAGUGAGGACACUAAUCAUGUAAAUCUGUGCAUGAUUCAUAAAAAGAGUGAGAGAGAGCUCUUUAAAAUGGAUCAUCAGAAUUUAACAGUUCAGAUGAAGGCUGUGCCAGGGAGGAGUUAUUUUCCAACGCUUUCUGCUCAUUGUAGUCCAUGAGCUCAUCCUGUCCUGAUCCAUUGUAGCAGUGGAUGAUCUAGCCUUGUAAUGGAGGUUCCCCACUGAUUUAGACCUGUUCUAAGGAAUGACUGAUAAACGUGAGGCAUUGGGCACAGUUGAGACCGCAUGAAUCUGUAACUGACACUAGGGAGCCGGUCUUGCAUCUGCCCGUUAAAAAGUAUUUUCUCAGCAGCUCUCUGCUGGGUCUCAUGACAAAUUGAACCAGCUCUCAAAGACGCCCAGGCUUUGGAGCUUGCACUUCAAACUGUUGUCUGCAGUUCUUUUGAAACCUGUGUAUCAAUCACGCCACAUGGACAAAGUGGGAGGCUGAGCAGUGCCCCUGUUUGAUUUGAAGGUUCAUUAAUUUUCACACCAUUCCUUCAAAGUAUGUAAGAUCUGAUGCAAAAAGACGACUCUCCGCUAUCAUCGUGUAUUUUAAUUGCUAAAUAAUUCGUAUUCAGCCAUUAUUUGGUUUACCUCUGACAUUGUAAGUUUAUAAUAUUUGCAGGUGAUACCAGGUCAUGUUAAUUGUUAAUAUGUUGUUAAAUUAUGUUGUUUAGUACUCUACGGUUUAACAUUAAAGGGCAUUUUCAUAAAGUUUUAUGUGAUGAUAAAACAUUUUUCAGUUCAAAGGUCUUUUAAUCUCAUACAAUGGUUUGCUUUAAAAGCACUCAUAAACAAUCCAAAAUAAUAUAUAUUUAGUGAAGUAUCCUUCAAAGCUAUUGAAUUGUUUAUGUGUUUACUUCUUGUUACCACAAAGUAAGUCCUGGUCAGUGCUUUAUAAACAGAACUUGAAUAUCUUUGAAGCCCUGUCUUUUGAAAUUUCUGAGUUCACACCAUGCUAUGUCUAGAUACAAAGUUGUUUUCAAAUUUGUACUUAAAGCAGGUGUGGAUUAUGACUAGCAAGGGCCCUGGUGCCCAUUUUCAUUUAGGGGCCCCCUGGUCCAAUUAUAUUUAGAUUUAAUUAUCUUUUAAUGCUGAGAUUCACACAAUAUUUUUUUUUAUUUGUUUGAAUUAAUCUGACUAUAAAUAACAGAAUGGGUACAAAAAGAGACAAACACACAGCACGGAUGUGGUAAAGAAACCGCUCAAAUGUUUGCUGCACUGUCACUGUUCUUAAAGAAACAGUACUAUUUUAGCAUCUGUUAUACAUAUCAGUGUGAACUCAAGCAUGUAAAAACAAAAACAAGCAUGUAACAAAAUGUGUAAAACCAACAUUAUAUUUUGUCUCGACAAACUUUAUGUAUCUAGUUAAAUCAGUACUUUUGUACUGAUUUAAAAACAGUACAAUUAAAACAUUUUGUAAUGUAGGGCAAACAUGCAGUUAAAGCAAUGAAUAGUAUAUAGUUUGUGUACCUUAAGAGGACACCCUGGGCUUUUCAGAGAUGCCAAAUGUUUCAGAGUUUGGCCAUGACAACUUUCUCUCCUUGCUUUAUAGAAAUGUAUGGCAUUGCAAUUCAGCACCUCAAAUACAAUAUGAUUUUUUUUUUAAUCAAUUAUGUUUUAUACACCAAACACUAUACUGGUGUUUGGGGGGGGGGAAAAAAAGUGACAUUUUUAAAUAUUAGAGUAAGAUCACAUUAUAAUAAUGAGAUAGAUCACAAUAUCUAUAUAAUGACAGAGCAAGCUACAUAUGUAAAAUAAAUCACCCUUUAUAUCUUAAAAAAUGAUGUCAAUAUUUUAAAAGCUUUUUUACUGUGGUGGACAUGAAUGAAAUGGAAUGAUGAUGAUUGAGAGCUAUACCUCAAAAGCCUGCUGUAUCAUAUUUGAAACACACAAUUGCAACACUAUUUGUCUAUAAAAUAAUGACAUUUUAAGUGAGCACAUGUUGCUUCAAUUCAAUAAAUGCUAAUUUUGAAAUAUCAGU